CAAUAUGCUUGAAAUAGUGAUCGCAGAAGGGUUCUUCACUUCAUCCCCUUGUCAUCUCAAGAGGGAGGUACCACAUACGUACUGGUUAUGCACGAACAAUGGAGAGCGACUUUUGUAUAAUUUUCAACAGCGUUUUAGGGGUGGGUUUUAAAAUACAAUCGCCGAUCACUCGCGACUACGAGGAUGAUUUUGCAGCUCUCUGCAAGUCCCUUUAGUAUUGUCGAUCUUCGGUACAUAGAAGGACGUGAAUGUGACUAUCAAUGUGCUCGAUCUUUUUAGUACGUAAAUGUGCGUUCGCCAAGACGUGAUAAUUGUGUGAAUUUUUUUGUGUGUCGUGAUUUAUCAUAAGUCAAGAAUACUUCUUAGAACGAUGGACUCUUUACAUAACACAACCACUAUAACCCCAGGUGGUAAAAAACUCUCGAAAUCUUUUUUAGUCGAUUCGAUAAUUAAUGGUAAAAGUUCGAAAAAUACGUCUUACGAACAUUUCGCCACAGCAGCGGCUGCCGCAGGGUUACCAUAUUAUUCUAAUUUGCAUAGUUAUCUGUACUCGAUGGGAUUAGCAGCCAACACCGUCCAAAGAUAUCCGACCAGUUACCUGUCUUUAAGUAAUUUUACAACUUUACCCCAAAAUACACCCAUGAUCGAUAUGAUGUACCCUUUAAACGGAGGAGUCGUUCCGGGAGGAAAUUUCAACCCGAGACCUUACUCGCCUAGACCGGCCAAGUGUAGACCAAUUAAACCAAUUCCUACUUGCAGGACGCCUCAUCAAAGAGAUGUCAAAUCGCCGACGACGUGUCGUAAACGAUCUUAUAGCAGUAGAGAUGAUCAUCGUGAUAUUUUAAUUAAUGAUACCAACGCUGCCGAAUUAUCAUCAUCAUCAUCACCACCACCACCACCACAACAACAACCACCAUCAUCAUCAACACCUAUCUCAGCACCUCAAUUAUUCCUACCAACUGCUCCUUGCAGUCCUACCAAACCACCUAGUCCUUCCGGCUCGCUAAACGGAUCCUCUUCUUCACUGUUAGACGUCUCUUCAUUGGAGCCCCAAAGUUCAAAACGAAUCCGAACAGCGUUCACAAGCACGCAGCUUUUAGAGCUCGAACGUGAAUUCUCCAGCAGCAUGUACCUGUCCAGAUUACGACGUAUUGAAAUAGCCACCCAUCUAAGGCUUUCGGAGAAACAGGUGAAAAUUUGGUUCCAAAAUCGACGAGUCAAGUACAAAAAGGAGGAAACCAAUACGACCUCGUCCCCUCUACAUUCAGGCUGCUGUUCAGCUUCUUCGAAUAAAACAACUUGUUGCUGCAGUCUACGUACGUGUUCGACAUCGAAUAGGAAAAAUCACAGUAAAAAUUCACUAGAUGGUACAACCAGUUGUGAAAUAUCGUGCAGUGAUGAAGAAAGUAACCACGAGCAAGAUUUUCGAAACGUUGGUUUAUGCUCGUAGAACAGUGAAACAAAUAUCUUGUAAGAUGUUAAAAUGAGAAAAAAAAUAUCCAUAUCUAGGUUACAAAACCCAAGGCACAGGAACCCACACAACAACGUGAAACAUUUCAUUGGUUGUAGUAAACUCGAAUAUACACACGUAGGUAAUUCAAAACGUGGUCGGAAAAAUCAACGAGAAAAACAAUUGAAUUUUCCUAUCUAUGAUGCUCUCUACGGUGGCGAAUUAAUUGGAAAUUUGGCGUAAAUUCGAUUUGGGCCCUGGGUAUAUAUACGACGAGUUGACGCGACGCCGACGCCGCUGCCGGGUCAAAUUAUAAAAAAAUUAAUUGGCUUUCUUUUUGCUCGCCUUCGUAAGUAAAUCUAAUGGGAUUUUGGUCGGUACGUCGAGCCAGCAGUAGGUCGCUGUCGGAUGUGUGUUUUUGACGCGUCUCGUUUCAAAGAACACAAAACCAACAUAACGAAGUCGGUGUUGGCAACAGGCGAGAAAAACCAACGAAAAAUCCGCACCAGGGUUAUUUUUUACCCCGAGUGGUAAAUUUUCUCUAGCGGAUGAAAUUUUACCGAAAUUUAAUUCGAAUAAGCGACCAAAAACAAAGACGAAUUACGUCUCUUUGAAAGUUUAAGCGUGAAAAACAUUACCAUUCAGCAAUAUUGCUGCGUUGCUGAGUCAGUACGAAGCAACAGCGACUUUUAUCGAUGCAUUUUUUUUUUUUUAAGUCUUAGAAAAAAAAGAAGGUAUUAAUCCGAGUACUUUUUUUGUCUUUCGUUUAAUUAAAUUUGCAAAUUUGAAAAGAUAUCCUUGCUCUGAAUUCGCUUUCCUGGCUUUUAUUUCGAGAUCGAAAAAUUAAAUCGUUUUUCAAUUUCAUCGGGGGUUCUUUUUUUUUUUUUUUUGUUUUGAGAACGAGUUCGAGGUAGCUAAAAAAUCACUACCUAGCAAGCUUACCAAGAGUGGAGGAAAAGUGGAAGGGUUGUUUGCUUUUUUCAAUUAAAAAAGAAACCAACGAACAAUUUUUUACGAUGAUUUUCUAAAGCAGAAGUUGUCGUGACUCGAGAUACGUAUGAAAAAACUUUACAUCCUCCCUUCUGCUUUCCUUGUCUACUAAUCUAGCCACCCACCUGUAUAUUUAGAAUACCGACGACGUAUUUUGUUUUCGAGUUGUAAUUAAAACACCGUCAAGUCGUCGCAUAAAAAAUUACCUCGUGAAUUUUAUACAUCUGCAAUUUUAAUUCGAAUCUCUUGUCGCAUACUUAUACUUUUGCUUGAUGUAAAAUUAAAUACCAUCGAGAAAAGAAACUAACAGACAAAAGAUUCGAGACUGGAAACGGGAUUAAAUAUGGUAUAACUUUUGCUUCGCGAGUCGAAUUAUUUAUACUUAUUUCUAUUAUUACGAAAAAACAUAGGUACCUACUGAAAAUGUCGCAAUCGUUGGAAAAAAUUCUUAUACAUCUCGUAAAACUUACUUAUUUGUAAUGAUUUGAAGUUCUCAGCAUUCGGUGACCGAGAUAUCGAAACAAUAAUAACUUGCAUUUAAUCGUCUUAUAGAUAGAUAGAGACAUUUUCAAGAUCCACGGUUAUUUUUGAUUCUUUACUUUACUUCACCAGCUGCAAUAUUUAAUUGAAAUUUUUCAUCUUUGUUUUGAAAUUCGUUCCGAUGUAAUACGACUGAGAACUUAAAACUUUGUAAGUCGUAAAACAAUAUUUUACCUGUAGCCUAAGUAUAAAAGUACAUAAUUAUAUACCUACAAACCCAACUGCCAAAGUCGUGAGCAAUGAACAUACUUCCAUUUACUGUAAGCUGGUUGUGAAAUUGAAGCUUAAGGCUUAAUAUUAAGCGAAAUGAACCUAUACUUACCUACUCAAACGUAAAUGUUAUCUUCCAAACAAAGUACCUAAUCGCCAACAAUCUAUUGUUGCAAUGUAGGAAUUUUUAUAUUAGUUUUUCAAUUUAUUGUGUCGAUAUGUUUAUUUUGAUGAACGUUUCACUUUUCAUAUGAAAAAAUUGUAUAAAAUUAUUGUGUGUAGAUGUACAUAUUGUAAGGUGUAAAAUACCUGAUGGGUACUUAUCCAAAAUAUAUAAUUGUUGUUUUUGUUUUUCAAAAUUAUCAUUUAUUAUUACUGAAAGCGAAGCUGUACCUAAUGGAAAUUUGAAAAAUCAGAGUUCUAACCCCCCUCCCCCAACUCCAUCUCAUCAGAUCACCCAUCACAAUCGAAAUCCAAAAUUGAAAAAUUGUUCAGUGAAGAACAACGUAAAUUUGGGUCAAUUUUUUCCAAACA